UAAAUGGUUGAGCUCUGGCGCGGCCGGAGGAGGGUGCACCGGGCAGUACGCGCGUGCGCGCGUUGCUCUGACUGCCGCCUGCCGUGGGGCAGCCAACGCGGCGGGGAAAAGGCAGCAGCUUGCCUCCCACGGGAGGUGAGACAAGACAAGUCCGCCGGCCGCUGGGGUAGGGACGGCUGUUCAUGCGCCGCAAGCUGGCUCGAGGCCAAUGACGACGGGUGCUUUUCCGGCGGCGCGAGAGGCGGAGCCUCAGCGCAGUGGAGAGCGACGGCUCCGUCGCCCGCGGGACGUCGGAGGCGCGCAUGCGUGAACGCCACUCAUACCGUUGGUGCGGUGGCGCGACGCGGCCGACGCGAAGAUGAAUCCUUCGGGACGAUGUUCACAGCAUGGGUAGCCAUUUUCUUUGCGUUGAUUCCCCCGUGU